AUGCUCUCAUUCCCGACGCCCAGCGUCUAUCAGUCGCCAAAAUGCUUCGUCACAUACGGCACCAUGCCUCACGUCGAGCCCAAGCAGCUGCCCACAAAGGGGAAGCCGUGGGCGCCUAUCCUGAGCCAGGGAUUCAACUACAAAGUCGACCUUGUCCUACCGCAAGAGUGCUUAGAGCUGGUCCGCCAGAAGCUCGUCGAGGAGCCUCCGGCACCGACCUUCCAGCGCGUCAUCAUGACCCUCGGACAGGUUCUCGACGGUGCAUUCUUCAACGAGUACAUCAAGAAAGGCAACAUUCUCAUGCUCUCCGAGGGCAGGACAACCGUCGAAAACGUCUUUUCACUUCGAGAGGGCCUCCUGACCAUGUAUCUCGACAAGGAGGCGUACGAGCGCGCGGGUCUGGUCGGCAAACCCCACGGCGUCAAGGGAAAGAGAGGAUUGAAGCCGAGAUGGAUUGUGAGCUAUCAGUUGCGAGACCCGUCAAUGUUUUCUGGUAAAAAGGGGUUCGAUAGAUUGGUGUACGCAUGCAGGAAUGUUCUCAACACGCCCGUGACGUGGUUAUUUUGCAACGCGGCGACUACUGCACCCUCACCAGAUCCCCUGGACCAGUAUUCCCCAACAAGAUACACGUGCGAGCCAUCCCUCGCGUCCGACUUCCAGGUACAGACACCACCACUGUCGAUCCCCUUGGACAUUAUCCAAAACGGCGACAGACCCGGCCUUGAAGACUUUGCAACAGAGACGUACGAGUGGCUGUCCCUGAUCCGUCUGCAGAGCCCCCGCGUCGUGGCGGGAGACAACAUCGACCCGUACCUUUCGCGCUACCAAGUCCCCGGGGACUCGGACACGCCCUUAUCCGCAGAGGUGUGCAAGAUCUCAUGGCAAGGCUUCUUCACCUCGCACUGGGUGCGCAGCGUCCUCAUCAACGCCCUCGUCGCCCUACCGUCGCGGACAUGGUUCUCACUGAGCGCGACGUCCUUCGCAAAGGGCAUGACAGGCGACAGCGCCGAAGUAGCCUUCUUCCGGCCGCCCGAGUCGCCAGGCCAUUAUCUCUUUUGGGAAAUCAAAGGUGAUGAAUAA